AUGGCCAAGCAGUGCUUCGUGGCGUACACGCCGGACAUCGCAGUCCCCUUUGGGCUGGACACGUUCUUGUUGAAAACCAGCAAGGAACUUCAGGCAGGAUUGGGAGUCCAUGCUUCAGUGCUGUUGAUGUGUCAAGUUUUCCUUUUGCAGGUGGAGCCCUCUCAGCUGCAUGUCAUUCUGAUCUGCGAUCUCACGAAGCUUGGGGUCUUGAAUACGCAGAUUCUGAGCAAACACAUCUCGCUCUUCAAGACCGUGCUGACCAAAAACGGGCAACGCUGCCUGGCCGAUGAAUCUGUGAUAUGCCUCAGCCUGUCAAGUGCCAAACAGAUAGGUAUUUUACUUGCCUUCAGCAUGGGCAGGAUGUUUGUGUCCAGCGACCUGUGGAAGCUGCGCGGCUUGAAGCCACCCUUUCCACCAGCUUUGGCAGAGGCAGACUUCAAAGUGCCGACGCAAGGAACAUUCUUGACAAACAGCACGCGCAGGAACUACACAGAUGCGCAAGAAACUGCGCAGUGGCUGGGCGGAUCAGCAGUGUUGCAGGCCGUGCUGCGCAACCUGAUGAACAACUGCGCUGCUGGUGCCAGCGUGGCAAAGAAGAUGGCAGUGGUGCACACCACCGGAUAUGACGCAGCCUUGGAGCAAGCCUGCCUGGCCUUGAGCCUUCCAGUGAUGACCCUGUGCCAUGAGAAAAUGCUGCACAGCUACGCUAGCACCAUCAUCAGCAGUGGCAUGCUGGAGGAAUGGAAGACCGGCAGUGGGAUCAUGAAGACCGUGGCGCCAAAGUACAUUCCGGACGCACCUGAGGGCGACCUGGAGCCCCCCAAGGAAAUUCCAGAGCUCCUUGCGUGCGUUUCCAGUGACAACUGCCUCCUGCUACCAUCAGCUUUGCGGAUGGAGUUCUUGCAGUGCCCCUUAAGGGGGCCAGACUGGCGUCAAUUUCUCAAACGGUUCGAUGCAGAUCACGCCGCGCCGGUUGCCAUGGACGUAGUUGCCAGCUCAGAGCCUCAGACUCCCCAAGAGCCUACGCAGUGGGAGAAGAUCUUUCCAGGGGAAAUUUCGCAAGAUUCGGGCCUGGCAGAACCUGACACCACCUGGCCAGUAGAUGGAGCACCCUGCAUCAUGAAGAAGAUUGGUCAGAAGCUGUUUGUUUCUGCUACAGCGGAUUGUGAGCUGGAAGCUGGCAGUGGCAUUCUACAGCAUGGGCAAGGCAACUGGUUGAUAGACCAGAAGGCUGCAACUUUCCUCCAGGAGAAUGCAGCAAAGGCGCACAUCUUCGGGAUGUCCGAUGACCAAGAGCUGGUUGUGCACCAGGACGAAGACAACACGUUGAUGACGCUACGUGAAUUCCUGAUCAAAAUCGAAUCCAAAGGACUCAUCGACUUUGAGCUGGGUGGACACACCUACUCCCGGAACUCUACGCAGGACGCAAUCCGGUAA